UCCAGGCUGUCAGCUCCAACAGUUGAGUCGCGUGUAGGAAAUAUCUGGAGGAAAUAGGGAAUCUAUUCUAUUUUUAGAUAUUAGUAAUGGUCUAAUUGAGUGUAUAGGAAUUCCCAAGAUUGGUUGUUUUGAGGUUCAUUCUGGUGGUACUGAGUGCCAGCAAUGAGCUCGUAUACUACAGUAGGCCUACUAUAAAACUGAAGUUUUAUACUCUUUGGUGCCAGGAACAAUGCUUUCAAUAUAAGUUGCUACACAAGCACAAUGGAUUUGUCAUCAGGGUACUGGCAGGUUUCAGUGGAUGACAAACACAAAGACAAAACUGCAUUCACUACAGAUGCUUCAGAAUUUUCCAUCGGCUCUGUAUUGACUCAAAUUCAGGAGGACUGACCCCAGACAGGACCCUUGGCAAAAUCUUCUCCACAUUGUAAGUCAAAACACUAUCAAAAUGAAUGCACAAGGAGUCUCAAACUACCCUAUUGCCUCGCUGUAUGUUGGAGAUUUGAAUCCUAACGUCACAGAAGCUAUGCUUUUCAAGAAAUUCUCAACAGCUGGGACUAUUUUGUCCAUACGUGUGUGUCGUGAUAUAAUCACCAGGCGCUCUCUCGGCUACGCCUACGUAAAUUUUCAGCAGGCUGCAGAUGCUGAAAGAGCAAUUGAAAAUAUGAACUUCGUUCCCAUCAAUGGUCAAUCUAUUCUUGUUAAGUGGUCUCAGCGUGAUCCAACUUUGCGUCGUUCUGGCAAGGGUAAUGUCUUCAUAAAGAACCUGGACAAAUCAAUUGAUAACAAAACUCUUCAUGAUACAUUCUCAGCUUUUGGUAACAUCUUGUCUUGUAAGAUUCAAUGCAAUGAAAACAAUGAGUCUAAAGGCUACGGCUUUGUCCAUUUUGAGACUGAAGAUGCUGCCUCAGAGGCCAUCAGUAAAGUGAAUGGCAUGUUGCUCAAUGGAAAAAAAGUGUACGUAGGUGAUUUUAUUUCUCACAAAGACCGAGAUGCUGAAAUGGGAGAUAAAAUGAAGAGCUACACAAAUUUGUUUGUAAAAAACUUGGGAGAAGAAAUAUCAGAUGAACAGCUGAUGGAAAUGUUCUCCAAAUAUGGCAAGAUUGUUAGUGCCAAAGUAAUGCGGGACAAUGGUGAAAGCUGUGGCUUCGGUUUUGUAUGCUUUGAGGACCAUGAAGCAGCAUCAAAGGCAAUCCAGGACCUGAACAACGUCAACGUGGAUGGUCGUAUUUUGUAUGUUGGACCCGCACAGAAGAAAGCAGAACGUCAAGCUGAGCUUAAACAGAAAUAUGAACAACGGAUAGCAGAGAGAAACAAUCACUCCCAGGGUGUUAACCUUUACCUAAAGAACCUUGAUGAUGAAAUUGAUGACAAGCGGUUGCAGAAAGAAUUUGAAAAGUUUGGUACUAUUACAAGUGCAAAGGUUAUGACUGAUGAAAAGGGAAUCUCAAGAGGAUUUGGGUUUGUAUGCUUUUCGUCCCCAGAAGAAGCAACUAAGGCUGUUACUAAGAUGAAUGGACGAAUCAUUGCUAUUAAACCUUUGUAUGUAGCACUAGCACAGCGGAAAGAAGAUCGGAAGGCACAGCUGGCUGCCCAACACAUGCAAAAUAUUGCGAGGAUUGGAGUUCCUGAGAAUGCGCAACAGAUAAACCAGGUGUUUAAGCCAGGGUUUGGGUACAUUGCUGAAGCUGUUCAGCCCCCACAAGCACGACUAUACCCAACAGGGCAGAUGACCCAAAUCAGAAACCCAAGUUGGACCAGUGCUAAUCAACCAACAUCAGCUGGUCUACCAAGCAGUGGCAGCUUAAAACUUUGGAAACCUGAGGCGCAAGAAAUUCCUACUGCAGGCCUAACAGCUCAACAACGCCAAAUGAAGUAUGCUAAUGCUGUGUGCAAUCAGACUGUUGCUAGUCAGUCUGCUGGAAUUCCUGUGGAUAUUCCACAACAAACUGACCAAGUUUGUGAGCAGGAGCCACUAAACCCAUCCAGCCAGGCACAAGCCAAGCCACAAAAGCUUGGCGAACUAGCUGGAAAGAUCAUUGGAAUGUUGUUGGAAACUGGCAACACUGAGUUGCUUGACAUAUUGGAUUUCUGUGAUUUAAAAAAGACAAUUAAAGCUAUGAUUGUGUUGGUGGCUCACCAAGCUAAGGAUCCACUGAAACAGAAGCAGAUGCAGAUGUUGGGUGAGCGUUUAUACCACAUUAUUGAGCCUAGCUACAGUGAGCUAGCUGGUAAUAUAACUGGGAUGUUGUUGGAGCUUGACAAUGCUGAGUUGCUGAACAUGCUGGAAUCCUGUGGCUCCUUGAACGCAAAGGUUGAGGAAGCGAAGACUGUGUGGAAGGUGUACCAAACUUUGAAAUAUGGUGGUCAUUAAUCUGUGGUUGCUGCUGAUUGUUAAUCAUUUUUCAUGUCCAUAAAUUAAUUUCACAGGGUAUGCUCUGAUAUCGCUAUAAUCUUAUAGUGGAAAAAAUGGGUAGCUGUAAAGCUAGGACCUAAUGGGGAAGGAACUUUUAAAGCAAGGUGCGUUGCUAAGGGGUAAUCUCAAAUCAUGAAGUACAUUAUCAGGAAACAUUUGCAGUACAGUAUGACGUGUUAAUUCACCAAAUGGAUAUAAAAACUGCUUAUUAAAACUAAAUCCUCCAUUGUCAAACAGCCACAAGGUUUUGGAGUAGUUGGUACAAACAAUGACAAAUUUUGUUAGAUUUGAAGUACACAGUGGAAUUGUAAACUGUAAAUAUGUUGCAACCCAUGAGAACAUAGCUGAGCUUUGAUUGAGUUGAAUAGCUUGGUUGUUAAGAUGCUGCCUUCCAAUUUAAGGGUCCUGGGUUCACUUCUUGCCAUAGUAACAGGGUUUUUCCUCACUAUCAUACCAACUCUACUCCCUAUGCCUCUUAAUGAGACUUAGUUUAUGUAGAGCAGGGGUGGGCAUAAAAAUCGGUCGGAGGGCCAAAGUGAAUUUUUGAUAUAACACAGAGGGCCGCGCACAUUGAUGUUUCCAGUGCACUGCUGUUAUACCAUUUUUAUUCUCAGUUUUAAUAUUACUCUUUACCAAUAAUUGGUGUCAAGCUAUAAAAAUCAAGGUGUUUCCAUCCAAAAAGAUGUUUGGUGGGCCACACACAUAGGGUUUUUAAUUCAUUUUCGUUCAAGUUCACUCUUUGGCAUAUCCUGGGCAUUUGGCCUAAACCAAUUAAUAGAAAUAUUAAACCAAUUAAUAAUAGAAUUGAUGUUUUCACCAAACAAGUAACAUUUAUAUUUUUAGUAUAUAUUUAGUAUAUAAAGUAUAUUUUAAUUGAUUUUCUUAUCAAAUAUUUGGGACCAAUGUAAUACAUUCUCAGAAACUGUACUUCCCAAAAGUGGAAUCCCUGUC